AUGGUUGAGGCCUUUGAAAAGAAGGCCAAAGGCGCAGCGGUGGUGGCGCAUAAGCUUGUGUUGGCGCAAAAGGAGAACGCUGAACUUCGAGCAGCAAAUAAGGCCGCCAUGCAACGUAGAUCGCACAAGAGGAAGCGGGUUCAGAAAGAGGGUACCCUUACAGUUGAGAAGGGCCUACGCUUAACGACUCUAAAAGAGUUUACAGCGCGUAGUGAUGGAAUAAAGGCAUUGAAGAGGGUGCGCGCUGAAUUAGGCGAACCAACGCAACGUCGCUGUGGACGCUGCGACGAGGCAGGGCACAACGGGCGAACAUGCAAGCAAGAAGUAGAGUGUAUUUCUAAGUAG